AUGCAUAUUGACUCCAAUAAUACGUUAGGUAAUAAGACUAUAUCUAAAACUAAUAAUGCUAAAGAUAAGAAUAACUCUUCAAGUAGACCUUCUUUAUUUGCUCAUAAAAUAAUAACAAAAAAUGACAUUACAGUAUUAACAAGAGGAAAAGGUUCGAGUAAAUUAUCUUAUCAAAAUCGGAUACAGGACUCUAAUAUAGAAGGUAUGAAUGUAAAAGGAAAUUGUGGCACAAAAGUUCUAAAACCAAUUAAAUCUGUUAUUAUAGAUAGUAUCCCAUCAAGUGAAUCAAAUUGUUCUGAUGUAGAAACUAUGCAAAGUCGAGAUUCAGAUAUGAUAUUUUUGCCAUAUUAUGAUGCAUUUGAUAGGGAUGACUUUUUUGAAGAGGAAACUUAUAAUGAUGAUAUGUUUUAUGGUAAAAACGAUCAUUUCUUCCCGUUAAAGAAAUUUCAAGAGAAACAGGCAAGUUCAAUAUCAACAUCAGCAACUGUUGAUAUAACAAAUUCAGAUUCUUAUACACUUGGUUUAUCUUUGCAGUUGUUUGAAGAAAUUAAGGAUGAGGAUUUUUGGAAAGAGGUUAAGGGUACCAACGAAGAUUUUAUUCCAAUUAAUGUUGAUUGCUAUAAUAAUGAUAAUAUAAAUACAAACAAGAAAACACCUGUGGUGUCAUAUAAUAUAGGUAGUUCGUCAAUAGAAAAUUUUUUGUUAGAUGAGUAUUUGACUACAUGUGGUACUGGUGGUAGUAAUUAUUCUAGCACAAUGAAUACUUAUCUACCUCAAUAUAAUAUUAAAUUAUUAUGUUAUAGAGAUGCUGACGGUAACUUUUCCCUAAAAACAACAAAUCAACUUAAAAAUAAUUGUAAUACAACUAAUUUUAUCUCAAAUGAUCCAACUGGUUUGGUAGGAGGUAGAAGGAUUAAUAAGAAGAAGUUAUUAUUGCAAAAAGCUAUCAGAAGAAAAAGUGGGUUUCGUGAAAUGAUUUCAACAGGUCUUGAAAUGAAUGAAUUCAUGUUGUAG